AACUGAACUAGCAGUAUGGGACUAUUAUCAUCAGACAGCCUCAAAUGUGUCCGUGCAUCCGACGACACGCACAUCGGCAGCUUAUGGAGUUGUGGGCCUCCUAAUCACCCCAAAGCCCAAACCCGCGCGCGCCUCAGGGCUCUUCGUCCACCCCUCGCCCCAGCCGCCGCCACGCCCAUGGCCACCACCACCACCACCACGCGCCGCCGGCCGCGGCGGGGCUCCAAGGGCCCCAACUCCGACCUCUCCCGCACCCUUACCGACUGCACCCGCCGCGGGGACGCUGCCGCCGCCAUGGCCGCAUUCGACGCCGCCGUCUGCGACCCCGACGCGGCCACCGCCCCCCGCCUCGCCGCCCACCAGUACAACCAGCUCCUCCACCUCCUCGCCACCGCCGACCGCUCCUCGUUCCCCAGCCCAGCCGCUGCCGCCCGCCGGGUCUUCGCCCACAUGCUCCAGGCCGGGGCCGCCCCCUCCGAGGCCACAAUCACCUCCCUCGCCCGCGUCACCGCCUCCGACGAGGCCUUCGAGCUCGUCGCGACCAUGAAGGAGAAAUACGGCCUCACCCCGCGCCUCCGUUCAUACAGCCCCGUGCUCGCGGCGUUCCGGCGAGCCGGGGAGGCCGCGAAGGCCUACGCGGUUGAGGACCACAUGAAGGCCUCCGGUGUCUCACCUGAAGAGCCCGAGCUUGCGGCACUCCUAGAUGUCAGCUCGAGGGCUGGGGACGUGCACAAGGUGUAUGAGUAUAUGCACAAGCUGCGGCAAGCAGUGGACUGCGUCAGCGAGGAGACUGCAGCGGUGGUGGAGGGUUGGUUCAGGAGCGAGAUGGCGAUGAUGGCCGGUAAGACUGAGUGGGAUGCCACUCAGGUGAAGGACGCCAUUGUGGCGAACGGUGGUGGGUGCCAUCGCCUUGGGUGGCUUGGAAGGGACCCAUGGACGGUGCAGCGAGUGAGAGUUGGGGCAGAUGGUCAGUGUGGAGGGUGUGGAUGCCGGCUAGCUUGUGUUGAUAUUGACGUGGAGGAGACGCAGAGGUUUGCUGAUUCUGUCGCUGGUUUGGCCCUCGAGAGGGAGACCAAAACAAAUUUCAGCCGGUUUCAGGAGUGGUUGGAAGCAAAUAACGAAUAUGAAGCUAUAGUUGAUGGUGCAAAUAUUGCACUGUAUCAACAAAAUUUUGCGGACGGCGGUUUCAGUUUGACUCAGUUGGAUGCCGUUAUAACAGAGCUAUGUGAUAGAUAUAGUGGAAAAUGUCCACUUGUUAUACUGCAUAAUAAACGAAUUGCCAGGCUUAUGGAAAAUUCAUCUAAUAGACAUUUGAUUGAAACUUGGAGAGCAAACGGGGCACUGUACACUUCACCAAGUGGGUCAAAUGAUGACUGGUAUUGGUUAUAUGCAGCAAUCAGACUGAACUGUUUGCUUGUGACUAAUGAUGAAAUGAGAGAUCACAUAUUCGAGCUUCUAGGAUUGUCCUUUUUCCUGAAGUGGAAGCAACGUCACCGAGUCAAGUACACCUUUAAUAAAGGAAAAGCAGUGCUUAUGAUGCCACCCCCUUAUUCUUCAGAGAUUCAAGAGUCGGAGAUGGGAUCUUGGCACGUGCCGAUGGAAGAGAAGUCUGGUGAUGAGAGAGUUAGGAUUUGGCUUUGUAUUAGUAGGACAGGGAGCUGCAAAGUACUUGAUGAAGCUCCUGUGAGUAAUGGAGUUGUCCAGGAUUUACUUCCAACUGAGGCAUCUAAUGGAAUGCAGCAGAGGCUACCAGAAAAUAAGGCCGAGUCAGUAGCUGGUAAAAGAAAGGAUAGAUAUUGAUCGCCUAUCCAGCUGCAGCAUCUAUCGGGGAGUUGCCAUCGGUGAGAAAUUGAGGCUUACUAUGUCUCUGCAGUCUUGGCUGUGCAUUCAAAUGAGGCGGUCCGAGAAUAGGGAUGCAAUGAUAGUGCCAUCCCAAGUCUGUGGGAUGACGAACAUUGUUAAUCAGACCUAGAAUCGCUUGAAGUUGUGCACAAAUUGGGUUAUAUUUCAGGCGAAAUUUUUUGGCACCAAGGAUUCGGUUGCAUCCAUGACUAAUGACACACUGGGAAACUGAAUUUGGUUGUACCUUUUUUCCUUCCUCCAGUUAAUGAAAAGGUGAAUUGCAUUCUGGAUGCAUGAUAACC